CGUCACCACCCUGCCGGACCCGCCUAGUGGAAACAGUAGGAGUCAGGAGCCCCAGGAGCAGGCGGAGUGGGGCGGCGGCCAGUCGCCGGCCUCGGGGGAAACAGAAACUACGGCGCAGCAGUAGCAGAGCUGGCUCAACUCGCGGCGCGUGGCAGGGCUCCGCCCCUCCGCGCAUGCGCCAAGCCCCGCUCUAGCCCCGCCCCUCACGCUCUUACAGGCGCGCGGCCGACGUCCCGCGUGCGUGCCGGCGCUUGAUCUCACUUCCGGCUAACGCGCUCGGCUUGCCCCCUGGCCCCGGAUGGUGACUGGCGGCGGCGCGGCACCUCCCGGGACUGUCACUGAACCGCUUCCCAGUGUGAUUGUGCUGAGCGCAGGCCGGAAGAUGGCGGCUGCUGCUGCGGCGGCGGCCUCGGGCCCGGGCUGCUCGUCGUCGGCGGCAGCCGGGGCCGGGGCCGGGGCGGCGGGGGUGUCCGAGUGGCUGGUGCUGCGGGACGGCUGCAUGCGCUGCGACGCCGACGGGCUGCACAGCUUGUCCUACCACCCGGCGCUCAACGCCAUCCUGGCCGUCACCAGCCGCGGGACCAUCAAAGUCAUCGACGGCACCUCGGGGGCCACCCUGCAGGCCUCGGCGCUCAGCGCUAAACCGGGUGGACAAGUGAAAUGCCAGUAUAUUUCCGCUGUGGAUAAAGUUAUAUUUGUGGAUGAUUAUGCAGUAGGGUGUAGGAAGGACCUCAAUGGAAUUUUGUUGUUAGAUACUGCUCUGCAAACGCCAGUUUCAAAGCAGGAUGAUGUGGUUCAGCUUGAAUUACCUGUUACAGAGGCACAACAACUCUUGUCAGCAUGUUUAGAAAAGAUAGAUAUUUCUAGUACAGAGGGUUAUGAUUUGUUCAUCGCACAGCUCAAAGAUGGUUUGAAAAACACAUCUCAUGAGACUGCAGCAAACCACAAAGUUGCCAAGUGGGCCACAGUUACAUUUCAUCUUCCUCAUCAUGUGUUGAAGUCCAUUGCCAGUGCCAUUGUGAAUGAACUCAAGAAAAUAAAUCAAAACGUUGCUGCCUUACCUGUGGCGUCCUCUGUGAUGGACAGAUUGUCUUACCUCUUACCCAGUGCACGCCCUGAGCUUGGAGUGGGGCCAGGCCGCUCUGUUGACAGGUCACUGAUGUAUAGUGAAGCUAACAGAAGGGAGACUUUUACCUCAUGGCCUCAUGUAGGCUAUAGAUGGGCACAGCCUGAUCCCAUGGCUCAAGCUGGAUUUUAUCACCAGCCUGCCUCAUCUGGAGAUGACCGAGCCAUGUGUUUUACUUGUAGUGUAUGUCUCGUUUGUUGGGAACCUACUGAUGAACCUUGGUCUGAACAUGAGAGACAUUCCCCAAAUUGCCCAUUUGUGAAAGGUGAGCACACACAGAAUGUGCCAUUGUCAGUCACUCUUGCAACUAGUCCCGCACAGUUUCCUUGUACGGAUGGAACUGAUAGGAUAUCCUGCUUUGGUUCUGGGAGCUGCCCUCAUUUUCUAGCUGCUGCAACUAAACGGGGCAAGAUCUGCAUAUGGGAUGUUUCCAAACUUAUGAAGGUGCACUUAAAGUUUGAAAUCAAUGCAUAUGACCCAGCAAUAGUACAACAGCUGAUACUCUCAGGAGAACCAAGCUCGGCAGUUGAAUCAAGGAGACCAACUUUGGCUUGGCUGGAAGACUCUUCCAGUUGCUCAGAUAUACCAAAAUUGGAAGGAGAUAGUGAUGACUUACUGGAGGAUUCAGACAGUGAAGAGCAUUCCAGAUCAGAUUCUGUGACAGGGCACACAUCGCAGAAGGAAGCCAUGGAAGUGAGCCUUGACAUCACAGCACUCAGUGUUCUCCAGCAGCCUGAAAAACUUCAGUGGGAGAUUGUUGCAAAUGUACUUGAGGAUACUGUUAAGGAUCUUGAAGAACUUGGGGCAAAUCCUUGCUUAACAAACUCUAAGAGUGAAAAGACAAAGGAAAAGCACCAGGAACAACACAACAUUCCCUUUCCAUGUUUAUUAGCUGGAGGUUUAUUAACAUAUAAAUCUCCUGCUACCUCACCCAUUAGUAGUAAUUCUCACAGGUCACUGGAUGGUUUAAGCAGAACUCAGGGUGAAAGUAUAUCCGAACAAGGGUCAACUGACAAUGAUUCCUGCACUAAUUCAGAAUUGAAUUCUCCUCUAGUGAGGAGGACUUUACCCAUUUUGCUUCUUUAUAGCAUCAAGGAAUCUGAUGAGAAAGCAGGAAAAAUCUUUUCCCAGAUGAACAAUAUAAUGAGUAAGAGUCUGCACGAUGACGGCUUUACGGUGCCCCAGAUCAUCGAAAUGGAGCUGGAUAGCCAGGAGCAGCUACUGUUGCAGGAUCCUCCUGUGACCUACAUUCAGCAGUUUGCGGAUGCAGCCGCCAACCUCGCCUCUCCGGAUUCUGAGAAGUGGAACUCUGUGUUUCCCAAGCCCGGGACUUUGGUACAGUGCUUGAGGUUGCCAAAGUUUGCAGAGGAGGAGAACCUCUGUAUAGACUCCAUCACUCCUUGUGCUGAUGGUGUUCACUUGUUGGUAGGACUGCGGACAUGCGCUGUUGAGUCUUUGAGUGCAAUAAAUCAAGUAGAGGCCUUGAAUAAUUUAAAUAAACUAAACACUGCACUAUGUAGUAGACGGAAAGGUGAACCAGAAUCAAAUAUUGCUGUAGUCAAUGGUGCAAAUCUCGGUGUCAUCCAUCAGGAGUUACCAGCAGAUGUACAGACUUCAUUGAUAAUUCAAGCUGAGCAGAGGAAUGCCAGUGGUGGAUAUUUAAUACUUUACAAAAUGAAUUAUGCCACUCGGAUAGUGACUCUCGAAGAGGAACCAAUAAAAAUCCAACAUAUCAAAGACCCCCAGGACACAAUUACCUCGCUCAUUUUGCUUCCACCAGAUAUAUUGGAUAGUCGAGAGGACGACUGUGAGGAGCCUGUUGAGGAGAUGCCACUCACCUCAAAGAAUGGCAUUGAGAGAGAGAAAAAAUCUGAUGUUUCUACUCUCGGACACCUGGUAAUCACCACUCAGGGAGGAUAUGUAAAAAUACUAGAUCUUUCAAACUUUGAAAUUUUGGCCAAAGUGGAGCCUCCCAAAAAGGAGGGUACUGAGGAACAGGACUCAUUUGUCUCUGUCAUUUACUGCUCGGGCACUGACAGGCUGUGUGCAUGCACCAAAGGUGGUGAGCUUCAUUUUCUCCAAAUUGGAGGAACUUGUGAUGAUAUUGAUGAAGCCGAUAUACUAGUGGAUGGAUCACUUUCUAAAGGAAUAGAACCAUCCUCAGAAGGUUCCAAACCAUUGUCAAAUCCUUCAAGUCCUGGCAUUUCAGGAGUGGAUUUGUUGGUGGACCAGCCUUUCACACUUGACAUCUUGACAUCUUUAGUGGAGCUAACCCGCUUUGAGACUUUGACUCCACGGUUUUCAGCUACCGUUCCUCCAUGCUGGGUGGAAGUUCAACAAGAACAGCAGCAGAGGAGGCAUCCUCAACAUCUGCACCAGCAGCACCAUGGAGAUGCUGCCCAGCAUACGAGAACUUGGAAACUACAGACCGACAGUAACAGCUGGGAUGAACAUGUGUUUGAAUUAGUUCUACCUAAAGCUUGUAUGGUUGGACAUGUGGACUUCAAAUUUGUUUUGAACUCAAACAUCACCAAUAUUCCACAGAUUCAAGUGACACUGCUGAAAAAUAAAGCUCCAGGUUUAGGGAAAGUCAAUGAAACAGCAGUAGAUAGGCAGAUCACCUUUCCUUUGUCUCCAGCUCUUAACAUUGAAGUGGAACAAAAUGGAAAACCAUCCCUCGUUGAUUUGAAUGAAGAAAUGCAGCACAUGGAUGUCGAGGAAACACCAUGUCUUAGACUAUGUCCAUUUUUGGAAGAUCAUAAAGAAGACAUUCUCUGUGGACCUGUGUGGCUUGCAAGUGGCCUUGAUCUCUCAGGGCAUGCUGGGAUGUUGACAUUAACAAGUCCCAAGCUUGUUAAAGGGAUGGCAGGUGGGAAAUAUCGUUCAUUUUUAAUCCAUGUCAAGGCAGUGAAUGAAAGAGGAACAGAUGAGAUCUGUAAUGGUGGUGUCCGCCCUGUAGUACGACUUCCAUCCCUCAAGAAUCAGAAUAACAAGGGUUAUUCACUUGCUUCACUCCUUGCAAAAGUUGCAGCAGGAAAGGAAAAAUCAUCCAAUGUUAAGAAUGAAAAUGCAAGUGGUGCCCGUAAAGCUGAAAACCUCCGUGGCUGUGACUUGCUUCAGGAGGUCUCAGUUACCAUUAGAAGAUUUAAGAAAACCUCAAUCACUAAGGAAAGAGUACAACGGUGUGCCAUGUUACAGUUUUCCGAAUUUCAUGAGAAGCUUCUUAACACCCUUUGUAGGAAAACUGAUGAUGGCCAAAUCACAGAACAUGCACAGAGCCUCGUGUUGGAUACUCUUUGUUGGUUAGCUGGAGUUCAUUCAAAUGGACCUGGAAGCUCAAAGGAAGGAAAUGAGAGCCUGCUUUCAAAAACACGAAAGUGUCUUUCAGACAUAGUAAGAGUUUGUUUCUUUGAAGCAGGACGAAGCAUAGCCCAUAAGUGUGCCCGCUUUCUAGCACUGUGCAUUAGUAAUGGCAAGUGUGACCCAUGUCAACCAGGAUUUGGAUCUGUCCUGUUGAAGGCAUUGCUUGAUAAUAUGUCAUUUUUACCUACAGCGGCAACUGGAGGUUCUGUUUAUUGGUACUUUGUCUUAAUGAAUUAUGUGAAAGAUGAAGACUUGGCUGGCUGCAGUACAGCUUGUGCCUCUUUGCUUACUGCUGUGUCCAGACAGCUGCAGGACAGGCUAACACCAUUGGAAGCUUUGCUGCAGACAAGGUAUGGAUUGUAUAGCUCACCGUUUGAUCCAGUUCUCUUUGACUUGGAGAUGAAUGGCUCCUCUUGUAAAAAUGUAUACAACAGCAGCAUUGGUGUCCAAUCAGAUGAAAUUGAUUUAUCAGAUGUUCUUUCAGGAACUGGAAAGGUCAGUAGUUGCACAGCUGCUGAGGGUAGCUUCACAUCUCUCACUGGACUUCUAGAAGUUGAGCCAUUGCAUUUUACUUGUGUGUCAACUAGUGAUGGAACCAGAAUAGAAAGGGAUGAUGCAAGUACGUUCACUGUGAGUUCCUUCGGGGUUACUCCGGCAGUAGGUGGACUAUCAUCGGGGACAGUUGGGGAAGCUUCCACAGCCCUGAGUUCAGCAGCCCAGGUAGCUUUGCAGUCUCUCUCUCAUGCAAUGGCAUCAGCCGAGCAACAACUACAGGUGCUGCAAGAGAAACAGCAGCAGCUUUUGAAGCUUCAGCAACAGAAAGCAAAGCUAGAAGCCAAGUUGCAUCAGACAACAGCUGCAGCAGCUGCGGCAGCAUCAAACGCAGCUACAGUGUCAGCCGUGGGUCCUGUUCAUAACUCCGUGCCUUCCAACCCAGUGGCAGCCCCUGGAUUCUUCAUUCAUCCGUCUGAUGUUAUUCCACCAACCCCAAAAACAACACCACUUUUUAUGACUCCGCCACUCACCCCGCCCAACGAAGCAGUGUCUGUUGUCAUUAAUGCCGAACUCGCACAGCUUUUCCCAGGCUCAGUGAUUGAUCCCCCGACAGUCAAUUUUGCUGCACAUAAUAAAAAUUCCAACAAGUCCCGAACGACUCCUCUUGGUUCUGGUCUAGCGCUUGCAAUUUCUCAUGCUUCCCAUUUCCUUCAGCCUCCACCUCACCAGUCCAUCAUCAUAGAGCGAAUGCACUCAGGUGCCAGAAGAUUUGUGACCUUGGAUUUUGGCAGACCAAUACUGCUGACAGAUGUAUUGAUCCCUACUUGUGGAGAUCUGGCCUCCUUGUCUAUUGAUAUUUGGACCUUAGGAGAGGAGGUGGAUGGGAGGCGAUUGGUUGUGGCAACUGAUAUAAGCACCCAUUCUCUAAUUCUUCAUGACUUACUUCCACCGCCUGUGUGCAGAUUUAUGAAGAUCACUGUCAUUGGACGUUAUGGAAGUACAAAUGCCAGAGCAAAAAUCCCACUUGGAUUUUACUAUGGUCACACCUAUAUCUUGCCAUGGGAAAGUGAGCUGAAGUUAAUGCAUGAUCCUCUAAGGGGAGAGGGAGAAUCUGCAAGCCAGCCUGAAAUUGAUCAGCAUUUAGCAAUGAUGGUUGCUCUGCAGGAGGAUAUUCAGUGCAGGUAUAAUUUAGCUUGUCAUAGACUGGAAACUCUUUUGCAAAGUAUUGAUCUUCCUCCACUCAACAGUGCCAACAAUGCACAGUACUUCUUGAGGAAGCCAGACAAGGCAGUAGAGGAAGACAGUAGAGUUUUUUCUGCUUAUCAGGAUUGUAUUCAGCUACAACUUCAGCUAAAUUUGGCUCAUAAUGCAGUGCAGAGACUCAGAGUAGCACUAGGUGCAAGUCGGAAGAUGUUGAGUGAAACAUCAGUUCCAAAAGAUUUCAUUCAGGCGUCUUCCACAGAACAGUUACGUACUAUCAUCAGAUAUUUAUUGGACACUUUGCUCAGCCUCCUUCACUCUUCGAAUGGACACUCUGUUCCUGCAGUUUUGCAGAGCACAUUCCAUGCCCAGGCCUGUGAAGAGCUUUUCAAACACCUGUGUAUCAGCGGAACCCCCAAGAUAAGGUUGCACACUGGUCUGCUGCUUGUUCAACUUUGUGGUGGUGAACGCUGGUGGGGCCAGUUCCUGUCUAAUGUCCUUCAGGAAUUGUACAACUCAGAGCAGCUCCUUAUCUUCCCCCAGGACAGGGUCUUCAUGUUGCUUUCCUGUAUUGGUCAAAGAUCUCUCAGUAAUAGUGGAGUAUUAGAAAGCUUGCUUAAUCUUUUGGAUAAUUUGUUGUCACCUCUUCAGCCUCAAAUACCCGUUCAUAGGAGGACAGAAGGAGUUCUAGAUAUUCCCAUGAUCAGCUGGGUCGUUAUGCUGGUGUCCAGGUUGCUGGAUUAUGUAGCAACUGUUGAAGAUGAAGCAGCAGCUGCAAAGAAACCUUUAAAUGGCAAAGACAGAGAGAGGUUUCUCACAGGUAACCAGUGGAGUUUCAUUAACAAUAACCUGCACACUCAGAGCGUCAGUAGGUCUUCCAAAGGCAGCAGCAGCCUUGACAGAUUAUAUUCCAGAAAAAUCAGAAAGCAACUAGUUCAUCAUAAACAGCAACUUAACCUACUAAAAGCAAAACAGAAGGCUUUGGUGGAACAGAUGGAAAAAGAAAAAAUACAAAGUAACAAAGGAUCAUCAUAUAAACUUCUAGUAGAGCAAGCAAAACUAAAGCAGGCUACUUCAAAGCACUUUAAGGAUUUGAUUCGGCUCCGUCGGACUGCAGAAUGGUCUCGUUCUAAUUUAGACACAGAAGUUACAACGACCAAAGAAAGUCCAGAAAUAGAACCACUUCCAUUUACCCUCUCCCAUGAACGUUGUAUUUCAGUUGUCCAGAAACUUAUUCUGUUUCUACUCUCCAUGGAUUUUACAUGUCAUGCAGAUCUCUUAUUAUUUGUUUGUAAGGUUCUUGCACGCAUUGCAAAUGCCACUAGACCAACUAUACAUCUGUGUGAAAUUGUGAAUGAGCCCCAGCUGGAAAGGCUGUUACUACUUUUGGUUGGAACUGACUUCAAUAGAGGAGAUAUAUCUUGGGGUGGUGCUUGGGCUCAGUAUUCUUUAACUUGUAUGCUACAGGAUAUAUUGGCAGGAGAAUUGCUUGCUCCAGUAGCUGCAGAGGCCAUGGAGGAAGGAGCCCUGAGUGAUGAUGUAGGAGCAACAGCUGGUGAUUCAGAUGACUCCCUCCAGCAGUCCUCAGUGCAGCUGCUAGAAACUAUUGAUGAACCCUUGACGCAUGAUAUAACAGGUGCACCUCCUCUCUCUUCUUUGGAAAAAGAUAAAGAAAUUGAUCUUGAACUUCUUCAAGAUCUAAUGGAAGUUGACAUUGAUCCUUUAGAUAUUGAUCUAGAAAAGGAUCCUCUUGCAGCCAAAGUUUUUAAGCCAAUAAGCAGUACCUGGUAUGACUACUGGGGUGCUGAUUAUGGUACGUACAAUUAUAACCCUUACAUUGGAGGUCUUGGAAUGCCUGUGGCAAAGCCCCCAGCAAAUACAGAGAAGAAUGGAUCACAAACAGUUAGUGUAUCAGUGUCUCAAGCCCUAGAUGCUCGUCUAGAAGUUGGACUUGAACAGCAAGCUGAACUUAUGUUGAAAAUGAUGUCCACCCUGGAAGCAGAUUCUAUUUUACAGGCAUUAACAAAUACAUCUCCCACAUUGUCACAGUCUCCCACUGGAACAGAUGAUUCAUUGCUAGGGGGGUUACAAGCAGCGAACCAAUCCAACCAACUGACUAUACAGUUAUCAUCUGUCCCAAUGUUAAAUGUUUGUUUCAACAAACUUUUUUCCAUGCUUCAAGUCCAUCAUGUUCAGUUGGAAUCACUUCUACAGUUGUGGCUCACAUUGAGUCUGAAUUCUAGUUCAUCUGGAAACAAAGAUAAUGGAGCAGACAUUUUUUUAUAUAAUGCUAAUCGAAUACCUGUCAUCUCAUUAAAUCAGGCAUCAAUAACUAGUUUUCUCACAGUGUUAGCUUGGUACCCCAACACUUUGCUCCGGACAUGGUGCCUUGUACUUCAUAGUCUAACACUUAUGACCAAUAUGCAACUUAAUCCUGGUUCUAGCAGUGUCAUUGGGACUCAGGAGAAUACUGCUCAUCUGUUGGUUUCGGAUCCAAACCUGAUUCAUGUUUUAGUAAAAUUUCUUUCUGGCACCAGUCCACAUGGAACAAAUCAACACAGUCCACAGGUUGGUCCAACAGCUACACAAGCUAUGCAAGAAUUUCUUACUCGAUUGCAAGUACAUCUGUCUUCUACAUGUCCUCAGAUAUUCAGUGAAUUUUUGCUCAAACUAAUUCAUAUACUUUCAACAGAAAGGGGUGCUUUCCAGACGGGCCAAGGGCCUCUUGAUGCCCAAGUAAAGCUCUUAGAAUUCACUCUGGAGCAGAAUUUUGAAGUCGUUUCAGUUAGCACUAUUUCUGCAGUCAUCGAGUCUGUCACCUUUCUAGUACACCACUACAUCACUUGCUCUGACAAAGUGAUGUCUCGCAGUGGAUCAGAUAGCUCUGUGGGUGCUCGAGCAUGUUUUGGAGGACUCUUUGCCAACCUCAUUCGUCCAGGAGAUGCUAAGGCAGUUUGUGGUGAAAUGACGAGAGACCAGCUCAUGUUUGAUCUGCUAAAGCUGAUCAACAUUUUAGUACAACUGCCUCUUUCAGGCAAUAGGGAAUAUAGUGCGAGAGUGUCUGUGCCCUCCAAUACGACGGACAGUGUUUCAGAUGAAGAGAAAGUCUCCGGAGGCAAAGAUGGCAAUGGGAGUAGUGGCAGCAUUCAAGGACCACCUGCAUAUGUUGCUGAUUUAGUGUUAGCCAACCAACAGAUUAUGAGCCAAAUUUUGUCUGCAUUGGGCUUGUGUAACAGCAGUGCCAUGGCAAUGAUAAUUGGAGCCAGUGGAUUACACCUCACCAAACAUGAGAACUUUCAUGGUGGGCUAGACGCCAUAUCCGUUGGGGAUGGAUUAUUUACCAUCCUGACAACCCUGAGUAAAAAGGCCUCUACGGUCCACAUGAUGCUGCAGCCCAUCUUAACCUACAUGGCCUGCGGCUACAUGGGGCGUCAGGGUUCUCUUGCUACUUGCCAGUUAUCUGAACCAUUGUUGUGGUUUAUUUUGAGAGUAUUGGAUACUAGUGAUGCCUUGAAAGCAUUUCAUGAUAUGGGUGGUGUUCAGCUUAUUUGCAACAAUAUGGUAACUAGUACACGGGCUAUUGUAAAUACUGCAAGAAGUAUGGUGUCAACUAUUAUGAAGUUUCUGGAUUCUGGUCCAAAUAAAGCUGCUGACAGUACGUUGAAAACAAGAAUACUAGCAUCUGAACCUGAUAAUGCAGAGGGGAUUCAUAACUUUGCACCUCUGGGUACAAUCACAUCUAGCAGUCCUACUGCCCAACCUGCCGAGGUGCUCUUGCAAGCCACCCCUCCGCACAGAAGAGCUCGCUCUGCUGCCUGGUCCUACAUCUUCCUGCCAGAGGAGGCUUGGUGUGACCUCACCAUUCAUCUCCCUGCAGCAGUGCUUCUUAAAGAGAUACACAUUCAGCCUCACCUUGCAUCUCUUGCAACUUGCCCAUCCUCAGUGUCUGUUGAAGUAAGUGCUGAUGGGGUAAAUAUGCUACCUUUGUCCACUCCUGUUGUCACAAGUGGUCUGACCUACAUAAAAAUUCAGCUUGUAAAAGCUGAAGUAGCUUCUGCUGUCUGCCUUAGACUCCAUCGCCCACGAGACGCCAGCACAUUAGGCCUUUCACAAAUUAAGUUGCUGGGCCUCACUGCUUUUGGUACCACUUCUUCAGCAACAGUUAAUAAUCCCUUUCUUCCAUCUGAAGAUCAGGUAUCCAAAACCAGUAUCGGAUGGCUACGACUGCUCCAUCACUGCCUGACCCACAUCAGUGAUCUGGAAGGGAUGAUGGCCAGUGCAGCUGCCCCUACUGCUAAUCUGCUUCAGACCUGCGCAGCCUUACUGAUGUCUCCAUACUGUGGCAUGCACUCACCCAACAUUGAGGUUGUGCUUGUAAAGAUAGGACUGCAGUCCACGAGAAUUGGUCUAAAGCUGAUAGACAUUCUUCUGCGAAACUGUGCAGCAUCGGGCAGUGACCCUGCAGAUUUGAAUAGCCCUUUACUUUUUGGGAGACUGAAUGGACUGUCUUCUGACUCUACAAUAGAUAUUCUUUACCAGCUUGGAACAACACAGGACCCUGGAACGAAAGACAGAAUUCAGGCCUUGUUAAAGUGGGUCAGUGAUUCUGCAAGAGUGGCUGCUAUGAAGAGAAGCGGCAGGAUGAAUUACAUGUGCCCUUCCUCUUCAACCAUAGAGUAUGGUCUGCUGAUGCCCUCUCCGUCUCACUUACACUGUGUAGCAGCAAUUCUGUGGCAUAGUUAUGAACUACUUGUCGAGUAUGAUUUACCAGCACUGCUGGACCGAGAACUCUUUGAGUUACUUUAUAAUUGGUCUAUGUCUCUUCCCUGUAAUAUGGUUUUGAAGAAAGCUGUGGACAGUCUACUUUGCUCCAUGUGUCACAUACACCCAAGCUACUUUUCUCUACUCAUGGGCUGGAUGGGAAUUACUCCUCCUCCCAUGCAGUGCCAUCACAGACUGUCCAUGACAGAUGACAGCAAAAAGCAAGAUCUUAGCUCAUCUUUAACAGAUGAUUCUAAAAAUGCACAAGCACCUCUAGCUCUGACUGAAUCACAUUUGGCUACCCUCGCUUCUUCUUCACAGUCUCCAGAAGCCAUCAAGCAAUUGCUGGACUCAGGUUUACCUUCUCUUCUUGUGAGGAGCUUGGCUAGUUUCUGCUUCAGCCACAUCUCGUACUCAGAAAGCAUAGCUCAGUCCAUAGAUAUAUCCCAGGACAAACUCAGGCGGCAUCAUAUCUCACAGCAGUGUAGUAAGAUGCCUAUCACAGCAGACCUAGUCGCACCUAUUCUGCGGUUUUUGACAGAAGUUGGAAACAGCCAUGUUAUGAAAGACUGGCUCGGUGGGUGUGAAGUCAAUCCACUGUGGACAGCACUGCUGUUUUUGCUGUGUCACUCUGGCUCCACUGCUGGGGGACAUAUUUUAGGUGCACAGCAGAGUAGUGCAAGGACAGCUUCUCUCUCUUCGGCUGCCCCAGUGGGAUUGACCACGCAGCAGAGGACAGCAAUUGAGAAUGCAACUGUCGCAUUCUUUCUGCAGUGCAUUUCAUGCCACCCCAAUAAUCAAAAGCUGAUGGCACAGGUUCUCUGUGAGCUCUUUCAGACAUCUCCUCAAAGAGGGAACCUUCCAACAUCAGGGAAUAUUUCAGGGUUUAUAAGGAGGUUGUUUUUACAGUUGAUGCUGGAGGAUGAAAAAGUGACAAUGUUUCUUCAGUCUCCCUGCCCACUAUAUAAAGGUAGAAUCAAUGCUACUAGCCACGUCAUUCAGCACCCAAUGUAUGGAGCAGGCCACAAGUUCCGUACACUCCACCUGCCUGUCUCAACAACUUUGUCAGAGGUCCUCGACCGAGUCUCAGAUACACCAAGUAUCACUGCUAAACUAAUUAGUGAACAAAAAGAUGACAAAGAAAAGAAAAAUCAUGAAGAGAAAGAAAAAGUUAAAGCUGAAAAUGGAUUUCAGGACAAUUACAGCGUUGUUGUUGCUUCAGGACUGAAAUCCCAGUCUAAACGUGCUGUAUCAGCUACACCACCUCGCCCACCAUCUAGGAGAGGAAGAACAGUACCUGAUAAAAUAGGAAGUGCUUCUUCAGGAGCAGAUGCUGCCAGCAAAAUUAUUACUGUCCCCGUAUUCCACCUAUUCCACAAACUCUUGGCUGGCCAGCCCCUGCCAGCUGAUAUAACUCUCGCACAACUUUUAACUCUGCUGUAUGACCGAAAACUUCCUCAAGGUUAUUGCUCAAUAGAUCUGACCGUUAAACUGGGAUCAAGAGUCAUCACAGACCCAAGCCUAUCAAAAACAGAUUCUUUUAAAAGAUUGCAUCCUGAAAAAGAUCAUGGAGACAUACUCAGUAGCUGUCCAGAAGAUGAAGUUCUUACCCCAAGUGAUGAAUGUAUGGAUGGGAUAUUGGAUGAAUCUUUACUUGAAACCUGUCCCAUUCAAUCACCAUUACAGGUUUUUGCUGGAAUGGGCGGACUGGCUCUGAUUGCAGAGAGACUACCGAUGCUCUAUCCAGAAGUCAUUCAGCAGGUGAGUGCUCCAGUUGUAACAUCUACCACUCAGGAAAAACCCAAGGAUAGUGAUCAGUUUGAAUGGGUAACCAUUGAACAGUCUGGAGAGUUAGUUUAUGAAGCUCCAGAAACCAUUGCUGCUGAACCUCCACCAAUCAAGUCGGCAGUUCAGACUAUGUCUCCCAUACCUGCCCAUUCUCUGGCUGCAUUUGGACUAUUUCUUCGUCUUCCGGGCUACGCUGAAGUCCUAUUGAAAGAGAGAAAACACGCCCAGUGCCUUCUUCGGCUGGUGUUGGGAGUGACAGAUGAUGGAGAAGGAAGUCAUAUUCUGCAGUCUCCGUCAGCCAAUGUGCUUCCAACCCUUCCUUUCCACGUCCUUCGUAGCUUGUUUAGCACUACACCUUUGACAACUGACGAUGGCGUGCUUCUGCGUCGGAUGGCACUGGAAAUUGGAGCCCUCCACCUCAUUCUUGUCUGUCUGUCUGCUUUGAGCCACCAUGCCCCACGAGUUCCAAACUCCAGCCUCAAUCAAGCAGAGCCACAGGUGUCAAAUUCUCACAACCCCACAUCAAGUGAAGAACAGCAACUGUAUUGGGCCAAAGGAACUGGUUUUGGAACAGGAUCCACGGCUUCUGGGUGGGAUGUAGAACAAGCCUUAACUAAACAGAGACUGGAAGAGGAACAUGUUACCUGUCUUCUGCAGGUUCUUGCAAGUUACAUAAACCCCAUGAGUGGCGCCAUCAAUGGAGAAGCCCCACCCUCUCCUGAGAACAGAGGGCAGAACAGUAAUGCUCUCCCGUCAGUGCUGCUGGAGCUUCUCAGCCAGUCCUGCCUCAUCCCAGCCAUGUCAUCUUACCUACGAAAUGAUUCAGUGCUGGACAUGGCACGACAUGUGCCACUCUAUCGGGCUCUGCUGGAAUUGCUCCGGGCCAUUGCCUCCUGCACGUCCAUGGUGCCCCUGCUGUUGCCUCUUUCUACAGAUAAUGGGGAAGAGGAAGAGGAGCAGUCAGAGUGUCAAACUUCGGUUGGUACAUUACUGGCCAAAAUGAAGACCUGUGUCGAUACCUACACCAACCGGUUAAGAUCUAAAAGGGAGAAUGUGAAAUCAGGGGUCAAACCAGAUGCAUCUGACCAAGAACCAGAAGGACUCACGCUUUUGGUCCCAGACAUCCAGAAGACUGCUGAGAUUGUCUCUGCAGCCACAACCAGCUUGCGGCAAGCAAGUCAAGAAAAAAGACUUGGUGACUACUCCAGGAAGGUGGCUAUGAAACCCAAGCCAUUGAUAGUAUUGAAAUCACUUGAAGAAAAAUAUGUGGCUAUUAUGAAGAAGUUACAGUUUGAUACAUUUGAGAUGGUUUCUGAAGAUGACGAUGGGAAAUUGGGUUUUAAAGUUAAUUACCACUACAUGUCUCAGGUGAAAAAUGCAAAUGAUGCAAACAGUGCUGCCAGAGCCCGCCGCCUCGCCCAGGAAGCUGUGACUCUUUCCACCUCACUGCCUCUGUCGUCCUCUUCCAGCGUGUUUGUGCGCUGUGAUGAGGAGCGACUCGACAUCAUGAAGGUUCUGAUAACUGGUCCAGAGGACACCCCAUAUGCAAAUGGAUGCUUUGAGUUUGAUGUAUAUUUCCCUCAAGAUUAUCCCAGCUCACCCCCACUUGUGAAUCUAGAGACAACCGGUGGUCAUAGCGUGAGAUUCAAUCCAAACCUUUAUAAUGAUGGCAAGGUAUGUUUAAGUAUCUUAAAUACGUGGCAUGGAAGACCAGAAGAGAAGUGGAAUCCUCAGACCUCAAGCUUUUUGCAAGUGUUGGUGUCUGUUCAGUCCCUGAUAUUAGUAGCUGAGCCUUACUUCAAUGAACCAGGAUAUGAACGGUCUCGAGGCACUCCCAGUGGCACACAGAGCUCUCGAGAGUAUGACGGGAACAUUCGACAAGCAACGGUUAAAUGGGCGAUGCUUGAACAAAUCCGAAACCCUUCCCCCUGCUUUAAAGAGGUUAUACACAAACAUUUCUACUUGAAACGAGUUGAGAUCAUGGCUCAGUGUGAGGAGUGGAUCUCGGACAUCCAGCAGUACAGCAGUGACAAGCGGGUGGGCAGGACCAUGUCGCACCACGCAGCCGCACUCAAGCGUCACACUGCUCAGCUGAGGGAAGAACUGCUGAAGCUGCCCUGUCCUGAAGGCUUGGACCCCAGUGGUGAAGAGGUCUCGGAGACAUGCAGUGGCCCGGCAGGAGCUGAGGAGAUGCCCUACCCCGAGCAGGUCAAAGCCAGCAGCAGCAGAGAGCUCCCUGGUGACGUCAAAUUAUGAGCUGCACUGCCCUGGACUUCCCAGACAAAGAGGCUUUGAAGCACAAGCCAAAUAUGUCAAUAUUUGUAUGUAAGAAACUAAUUAUGUAAUAGGUAAUGAGACUGAAACUAUACUAUGCCCUUCAGGAGAUCCAAUUUAAUUCAAGGUGAUCUUUUAUUUCCCUGUACAAGAGUGUAAACUUUUUUGUGCUUUUAUUUUUCAAUUGUGAGAACCACUGAUUGGUAUGUUCAACAAAUUUGUGUAUACAAAGAAAUGGAUAAAUCACUGAUAUAUAAGGGAAACUACCUUAGGGAAGAAUGUUUACUGAAUGUUUAUUUUAUUUUUUUUUUUACUGUAGAGUGAGGGGUUGUUAACAAAGAAUAUAUAUUGGUCAUUCUUACAACUACUAUUUAAAGUCAGCAACUUUUCACUGAAUUUGAUAGGUUUUAUGUUUGGCCAUAUCAUAUUUCAUGCUCAUUUGAUUUCUGAAGACUUCCUACAUACACGUCAAUAAAAGUUAAAUGGACAUACUCCCCCUUUUUUGAUUUACUGGUACAUUUUUUUAAAUGAUAAAUCUGCCAUAAAAUGCAUUAUAGCUGGAGACUUGCACUUGUAUGGAUGAAUUUAUUACAGUCAACGUAUUUAAUUUUAUGCCUUCUAACUCUAAGAUGCAGAAAAAUAAAUGAACAUUAUUUUAUUCUAUGCCAA